CGCGCGGGCGGAAGCGGAAGUGAGUGCGGUGGUGACCAUGGUGCCGCUGGGGCGGGGAAGGAGCUGCGGCCGCUACCGGGAACCCGAUGAGCCACUACGGUCUGAUCGCAGGAUAUCGCAGUGAGAGGCGGGGAGCCAUGGGGGAGAACAGCCCCGAGAGCAACGUUAUCUACUAUGAGGUGGAGGAAGAGGAUUUGGGCCCCGAGGAGAACACGAUGGGGUUCCCCGAGAAAAACGGGCUGGUUUCUGCAUCCCCGGGCACGGUGUAUGACAGGACAACUGUGCUGAUAGAGCAGGACCACAGCGUGCUGGAGGAUGAUGAGGAUGAAGGGCAGUGUGGGGAUCACUUGCCUUUCUUACCAGAGGGUCAUGAAGAAGGAUUUCACUUGCUGGCAGAUCAUGAAGGAAUGUCCCAGGGUUAUGUGCAACACAUUAUUUCUCCAGAUCAGAUUCAUCUAACAAUAAAUCCUGGUUCAACUCCCAUGCCAAGGAAUAUUGAAGGAGCAACACUCACUCUGCAGUCUGAAUGCCCAGAAACCAAACUGAAAGAAGUCAAGAGGUACCAGUGCACCUUUGAGGGCUGCCCACGCACCUACAGCACUGCUGGGAACCUCCGCACUCACCAGAAGACCCAUCGUGGGGAAUACACUUUUGUCUGCAACCAGGAGGGCUGUGGCAAGGCCUUUCUGACCUCCUACAGCCUCAAAAUCCACGUUCGAGUGCACACCAAGGAAAAACCUUUUGAGUGUGACGUGCAGGGCUGUGAGAAGGCAUUCAACACACUGUACAGGUUGAAAGCCCAUCAGAGGCUUCACACGGGGAAAACAUUUAACUGUGAAUCAGAAGGCUGCAGUAAAUACUUCACCACACACAGUGACCUGAGGAAGCACAUCCGUACACACACAGGAGAAAAGCCAUUUAGGUGUGAGCAUGAUGGCUGUGGAAAGGCUUUUGCUGCAAGCCACCACCUUAAAACACAUGUUAGGACACAUACUGGGGAGAAACCCUUCUUCUGUCCCAGCAAUGGCUGUGAGAAGACUUUUAGUACACAGUACAGUCUCAAGAGUCACAUGAAAGGCCAUGAGAAAGGACAUUCCUAUAAUGCACUUCCCAAUAACAAUGUAUCUGAGGAUACAAGCCACUCUCUUUGUCUGAGUGACUUAAGCCUCAUAUCAACGGAUUCAGAACUUCGGGAGAACUCAAACCCAACACACGGACAGGACCUCAGCACAAUCUCACCAGCAAGCAUCUUCGAGUCGAUGUUUCAGAGCCCGGAUCACGCUGCCAACCAGGAUGACUCUCAGCAGACAGCUGCCUUGAUUGAAGGCUUUAACGGCGAUGGCGACGCGGUGGCCGCGGUUCCGCCGCCUGCAGGAGACUCAGCCUCCUUGUCUCUUCCCCUUGUUCUGCAGCUCGGCCUCUCUGAGCCUUCCCACUCAGCACUACAAGCCUCAGCAGCACCAGCUGCUCCCUCAUCCAUAGGAACCAGCUCACAGCAAGCUGCAUUUGGGAACCCUGCAACUGUUUUACAGUCCCCAGAAGUGCCUGUUCCUCACAGCACACAGUUUGCAGCCAGUCACCAAGACUUCCUGCAGCACACCCAGACCCCACCACAGCCCAUGGUCCAGGGACUCUCAGUGGUUGCUGGGGCACCUGCCCCGACAGCACCCAGUGCCCCUGAGGCCCUGCCAGCUGUUGUCCAGACUGUGCCUGUUGGUGCAAACUCUGUCCUGACCAGUAACCCAACCAUUACAAUUACUCCUUCUCAGAGCACUGCUAUCCUGCAGUCCAGCAUUGUCAUGGGAGAGCAGAACUUACAAUGGAUCUUAAAUGGUGCCACUGGUUCUCCACAAAGCCAAGAACAAAUGCCACAAGUUCCAAAAGUAGUAGAAAAGGUUUUUUUUACUACUGCAUUACCAGUAGCUGGCAACACAGUUGUGUUGUGUUUUGUCUUUGUUUCACCUUCAGGAAGCCCUGUUCAGCAGAUUGGUCUCAGUGUUCCUGUCAUUAUUAUCAAGCAGGAGGAGGCCUGCCAGUGUCAGUGUGCCUGCAGAGACUCUGCCAAGGACAAAGCCACCAUCAAGAAGGAAUGUUCCUCACCUGAUCCAAAAGCUUUGGAGCAGCCAGCUCCCCAGCUGCAGCCUCAGACCUUUCCUUCCUCUUCCUCUUCUCCUUCAUGUGGGCAGAGCAGUCAGAUAGUUACCCCUUCAGACUCACAGACUGAAACUUUAAGUGCCAUGGAUGUAUCAGACUUCCUGUCCCUCCAAAGCCCUGAAACCCCAUCCAAUAUAAUUCCAAUCGAAGCACUACUGCAGGGGGAGGAAGAAAUUGGUUUGAAUAGCAGCUUCUCUAAGUGAAGAUGUUCCAGAUUUUUCCUUUGCACCUGGAGGGUAAAACCCUUCUCCUUAGAAGCAGAAACUGAAGGAUCGAUUCUUUUUCCUUCCUCUUUGGAAGUUUUGUGGCUUAUUUCUGCUUCACAGAUGUCAUCUUAGUCACAUCCCAGGUACAUCCAUCUUUGAGAAUCUAUCUUAAAAAAAAAAAAAAAAAAAAAGAAAAGGUUAAAAAAAAAAACUAAAAAAAGAAAAAGCUAAGUUAUAUAUGAACUGUUUUGGCUGCACUGUCUGUCACUUUUGCUUGUCAUAUGUGAACACAGAAGUUAAGGUUACUCGUGUGCAAAAAGAUUUUAAAAAGGAAAAGGGGGGGUUAGUUUGUCUCCAAUUGCACAUCACUUAUGUUUGGGUUUAAGGUACUGGCAGUGAGUGGGUCUUUGUUACAACUCCUUGGGUCUAUAAGUUUUACUCUGUCUCUUAUGUCUAAUACUAACCAUGCACUAUGAGGGGAGCCCAGGAAAGGAAUUUGCUGUAGUAGAAAAUGGCAUUAUUGUAGAAUCUGAUUUCUCUGCAAUUUUCUUGGGAUGUGAUUGUCACAUUGCUGAGUGGAGGAGCUGCUGCCUGGGUUUGCUUUGUACUAACACUGUUACUAAAGCCAAUGGAAGCUUUGGGGGAGUUACUUCAGUAAAGCACAAGAACCUUGUGCUCCUGAUAGAUUUGUUCAUUUAAUUCCAUUAGGAUUUAGAUGUGUGGUGGCAGACACAACGUGGAAACACAAUCAGAGCCCCUGCUUGCUCAGGCUCCAGUGUCUGUUUUCUUUGCCUCUCUUUGAAGGAUGCAGUGAGUCCCAGGUGUAGUCAGAUGGGUGCCUGUUUCUCUUUUGAUUUAUUUGGCUCUCUUCAGUCGUCCUCUGAACCCCCACAACUGUUCAAUCAGGAGUAUGGUGCCUUUGCUGGUUACUCUCAUCUUUUGUCAGGAACAACUCCAGGAAAAUUUUCAGACUGAUUCAACAUAAAUUCAGUUUGAAUUUAGUGAGUCUAUCCUGCAGCUGUCCAUAGAUGCUUCUUUUAUUUUUUUUUCUUUUUUUUUUUCUGUUAAGCUGAGUAAUUUCUGCCUGAAUCUGCCUCCAACCUACUGCAAUGCCAGCUUUUUGUGCACGGGGCUAUUUCUUGACUAAAAGAUGUUACACAACAUAGUAGUUUUUCAUAUCAAACUGAAAAUCUAUAUUCUAACCUACUCAGGGUAAAUAAAACACAAACUCCCCUUCCACCAAAAAGCCUGUAAUGUUGCAAUAAAUGCAGUCUCAUUCUAAAUGGUUUAUUUAUGCUGCAUUAUUUUAAAAGAUGUAAUUUUAUAGUGUUUUAUCCAUCUUUCUGGCUUUGGCUGUCAGUCUCGUGUUAAAAGAAAAUAAUAUUAAAUAGUCUUUAUU